GCGCGCCUGACUUUAGCCCCGCUCUUGCAGAUCCCGGACGCCGUGACCGGCUACUACCUGAACCGCGCCGGCUUCGAGGCGUCGGACCCGCGCAUCAUCCGGCUGGUCUCGCUGGCGGCCCAGAAGUUCAUCUCGGACGUGGCCAACGACGCCCUGCAGCACUGCAAGAUGAAGGGCACGGCCUCCUGCAGCUCGCGCAACAAGAGCAAGGACAAGAAGCACACGCUGACCAUGGAGGACCUGGCCCCUGCGCUGGCCGAGUACGGCAUCAACGUCAAGAAGCCCCACUAUUUCACCUAAGAACCCCUCCCUCCCCCACUCCCUUCCUCAUUAAAGUCCCUCCCUCACUC